AUACGACACGUGAACAGGAAAUUUCCUAUUAGGGUGUUCAAUUACUUGGGGUCGAGCAAGCAAGCAAGCCUUCAGUUUUCAUUCGUUUGCUUCGUGUAAGAAGAUGCGAAAGUAGUCGCGAGAGGGGAGACAAGAUUCUGCACCAAUCAGGGAAUGAUAGUAUCUAUUCCGCAAUCAAUGCAAACCUUCACAUUUCGUUAAAGCAGAAGUGGUUCAAGGCUUGAUCGUGUCGCGCGCGCGCACGUAUGCUACUGCGUGUGUAAAAGUGACAGUGAAAUUCAACACAGUCACACGCUUGUUGAAAGUUGUUUCAAUCUUAUCAUUAUUGAUAUCGUGUGAAUCAAUUACUUCUAUCUACCGUUCGUUUGUUUAAAGCAAACCAUGAACGAACAUAUUGUCAAUCUAAUUGAAACACAUAUGUAGUCAACAAAUGGGUUGUAAACAAUUUUGAACACAUACCUACAUACAUACUCACUUGCGAUGUCAUCUGCGCCUGUGAUAAUUCGAAAUAUGUAAUUAUAAGUUCAGGUGAAUUUAUAAGAAAAGAAGAGAAAAAUAAAUUUGACUUAAUGUACGAAUUAUAAAUUCCAUUGUACAGUUACGAAUGACAACGAAGCUAAUGUUGUCAUUAAGUUCAAAUGGAAUCGCUGCGUUAUUACGAUAGCAGGAGAAUGAAUGAACAGGUAGCACUGACAAAACGAUAUCGAAAUUAAAAGGAAGUUCGUAUCGAAUUUCCAAUGGUUACUUAGAAUUAUUUAAAGGAAAUCUUUAAUAUUUACACAUAUCGAUAGUAAUGGGUGGAAAUAAUACCAUUUUAGAAAGUAUACAAGAAGAGUUUUUGGCUUUAACCGAAAGCUUUUUGAAACAAGGGGCUUCACUGUCAGAAUUGAGAUCUGUCACUGUAAGGAGUAAUGUGAAGCAUAAGAAAAACUCCGCUUUUCAUUAUCUGUGUUCAAAGAAAGUCUUCCUUGCCUUAUUCAUGCCAAUAUUUUGUACCAUAUUUUUAAAAUAUUUAUAUAUUGAUGUUAUUAAAAAUAUAAGAGGAACUAGAUGCUUAGUACCAAAUAAUUAUUUUAUAUGGGAAUUCACAAGGCCAAUAUCGAAUUGUGAUUAUUGUAAAAAUAUUGCUUCAGCUUUAAUCUUGCCAAAUCUGACCAGAGAGGAAUUCAAGCAAUACGCCUAUUCUUCUCGACCAAUGGUGAUAAAAAAGGCUGCAAGCCAUUGGGCUGCUUCGAAAGUAUUUAGCUGGAAAUUCUUCAAAAAUUUAUAUGAGAAUACAGAAGGUGCUUAUGAUUCGGUAGAAGAAUGUCAGUUCUUACACUUUAAAAGUAAUUUCACUAGUUUAAGAGACGUCUUCGCUAUGAGCGAGGAUAGAGCCCUGCAACGUAGCGGACAAGAACCGUGGUAUGUUGGUUGGAAAAAUUGUCACCUUCAAAUUUUGGAUACAAUGAAACAAUUUUACAAUCUACCUCAUUUUUUGCCAGAGGAUGCGGAGGUUCCAUAUACCAAUUAUGUUUUUUUGGGAUAUGAAGAAGGUGCCAUUAUGCAUUUGGAUUACAUCUCUCGUCUUAUGUGGCAGGGACAAAUAUUGGGUAAUAAAAGAUGGACCGUCGCUCCAACACCAGAAUGUGAUAGUAUUUGCAAGCAUUUUAACUUUACUGUUUAUGCUGGAGAUAUUGUUCUUUUAGAUACAAGAAUCUGGUAUCAUGGCACUUAUGUUAUAGAUGGAAAUUUUAGUUUAACAGUCACCUCUGAGUAUGGAUAGCCUUCCUACAAACCGUACAUAAUUGUUUUUGAAUAAUUUUAUACUACAUAGAUAUGGCAUUCUAUGUAAGUUUUAUAUUCGUGUGGAAUUGGAAAAUCCAAAAUGUCUUAUCUCACUAAAAUUUUAUAUCUAUACAAAUUUAAGAUCAAUCCAGAUGCUGUUAAUGACCAGCAUUUAAGUGUUAAAUUAUUUAUAUAAGAAAUUCAAUAUUUAUAGGUGCCAUUUUUUUUUAGCAAAAAUUAAGUAAACAAAUUAUGUACUUUAUAUUAUUGUAUUUUGCAACAUUUUAUACUGCCCAUCUAUUCAAAUUGUUAUAAAUCAUCAUAGUGUAUGAAGUUUUUGCAUACAUAUAAAUUAUUAUGUGUUUUGUUUUUGCCAUAGUUAGAAGCUAGUCGAAAUGAGAAUAUUUAGGAAGCUAUUAGCGCAAAUGUGGCCAUCUGUAUUUUAACACAGCUGGUAGUUAUGUAGUUGAAAAUUAUUUUUAUAUACAUGUACAUAUACAUACAUAUAUAUAUAUAUAUAAAUUUUUAUACAUGCGUUUAAAUAUACAUGUUGAAGUUUUCAAGGUAUUGAAAUUAGUUGUGUCAUUUCCAAUUAGAAGAAGAAAUACACAGAAUUAAAUAUGUUUUUAUAACUCAAAUUUUGUAUAGAUUUUACUUGAAUGCCAAUUGUUUUAUUUUGUAAUCAAUUGUAUUCUUAUGAUGUACAAAUAUUGUGUACCUUUAAUAAUUUUUAAUAAAAUAUAUGAA